UUACUUUGGUGAUUUCACUAUUUAUAGAGCCAUACUUCUUGCACAUUCUGAUUAUUUUCAAUUUUUACGGUCUGGGUUACAUAAUGUAGACAUUUUGAGGUAUGUGUUUAACCAAAUCUAUUAGUUUUAAAGUGUAAUUUAUGCACCGUGUGUUUGACAGGAAGCCACCUUCAGCGACAACAGAUUAGAGUUACUUCGCGCUCUCUUCCUUUCUGAGAGGAGAUUAUCUGUGGCAAUGCAGUAAUGUUUGUCUCGAUGUAACUAUACAAACUGUUGUUCUCCCUGUUUGAAAAGAUGGAGCAAAGUUUUGCUGAUCUACUUAGUGAUGCUUUUCCAGACUGAAGGAGAUUUGGACUUUGAGAAUUUAAAUUUUGAGGAAGACAAAACAGAAAUCUCUCAAGAAGAGUUACUCACAAAGGAAGAUGAGGCUCUGCAACAGGAAGCAACUGCAGUUGUGUUUAACAUGGAAACUACAGAUAUAUACAAGGCUGAAAAUGUUGAUGAAGAGCAGUGUGAGAGCGAUGAGGAGGGUUUUGAAGGGGUCAUGAGCAGGGACAAAACACCGGAGGAGGAUUACACAAGCUCGGAUGGAGAGUCUGAAGAGGAAGGCUCUGUCUCUGGAGAAGAGGAUGACGAAGAUGAUGUGGGAACAGGAGAGAAACCAGGGGAUUUGCUGAGGUCGGUUCGCUGCGGCGACGAGUUUCGCGAUGCUAAUGAAGAGGACAGGAUCUUUGCCGAGGGACAACCUCUGGCCCCGGAGGGCGCUAGAGGCCCUCAAGUUAGAAAUGAGGAGCGAGGUGAGAGCGAGAGCGACGAGGAAGUGUCCUAUUUUGAGAGAGUCCCCGAACGUGGUGGUGAGAUGAUGAUAAGAGGUGAGGGGAUUGAAGAGGACGAGCAGGAGAGUGAAGAAGAAAAGGAGUGUGAUGGCAUGAAAAUCGAAGAAGAAGAAGAUGUUCUCGCCGUGCGCUUCGAGCAGGAGCUUGAGAGUCCUUGCGGAGACGGCCCAGCGAAAGCCAAUCCGGAGUUUCCAGAAAUAUCAGUGCAAAGUCUGCAGGACCUCAUUGACGAAGUUGACAGCGAGGAACGUGGAGAGAAAGUGAAGGAUUUCUCAGGGGAGGAGCACCAAGACGCAGGAGAGAGCUUUGCAGAUUAUCCCUCAGACUUUUCUUCAUGUGAAUAUGUAGAAGACAGAGGAAGAAAUCAAGAGAGUGAGUGCCAGUCGAAUGCCUCGGCUUGUGCAUCUGACGGUGGUUACAGCCUGGAAAGUGCUGUGACGGAUGGAACGUGGAUGGGAAGAGCUGAGGACGCAGACGAGGAGGCAGACGGGUAUCUGUACAGCCAAGAUUUAGAGGUGGAUGCUGAUGAGAACGCAGCUGUAACGACGGUCGAUGAUGGAAGUGAGACAGGUGAGAGUGACUCCUACACCUCCAGUGAUGAUGAAGAAGAAAAGAGGAGCGAUGAGGAACUAUCUGAUAGUUUGUGUCAUCAUCUUGAAAGCAACAAGCCACAGGAGGAGACUCACAGUGGGAGCAGUGCAGCGUUUCCUGACUACUACGACAGAGCAAAUCCAGCAGAUUUCAACAUAAACUGGAAUCUAGACGUGUUGACAACCGACCCCUUCCUGUCUGAAGACCUGUUAACCACAGACGAAGUGGAAACGCCGCUUUCAGAUGUGACUCAGCGUCCUGCAGAAGACGACAACAGCUACUCAGUGGUGCAGAGAGGGGACGCAAAAACAACAAGCCCCUCCAACCAGGGAUCCCUGGAUGACAGCUUCUUCUUCAACGCUGAACCCGAAGCCUCCGGGAUCACCGAGCUGGGGCAGCUGGGAGACGACGAGUACGAAGAGGAGAGGAACUGGGAACAAGAGCAGCAGAGGAUCAAGGCUUUUUACGAGUUUUAUGACGACAGCGAUGGGGAGAAUGAAAGAGAAGGGAGGCAGAUAAAAGUUCAGUUUUGUGCGGAACCAUUGUCUCAAGUCAUUCACUAUGAAACUGACAGCAGUGACAGAGAUUCACUCAGCAGCUCCACAGAAGGGGAGGAGGACCCGGACUCUGCAGAAACAUAUGAGGAAUUGCAGGAGCCCGACGACGCCACACAAACGACCCUGGCUUGUGACCCCCCGAACACUCAGCUACCAGAGAACGUACCAGAUCUCAGCAACACACACAUUUGUACCAGGAAACACAAAUGUUUCGACAUGCUGAAGCUGACGCUGAAGAUGGGUCUGGUGAUACUGACGGGACUGAUCAUGUUCUGGUUUGCCACGGACCAAACAGGCUGGUUCAACCAUGUGUUCUUUUAGGUCAAAACCUAAAUAUUGUUCCUUUAAGCUUUUUCACAUGCUUACAGGUGAUGAAAGAAAAAUCCAAAAUGACAAUAUUUUCCUGUACAAAUGCUUUGUAAAGUGCUAAACAUUCAAAUAUGUGUUCUGUUGUUUGUAACAUGCAAUUUUGUGCUUAAUAAAGAUCUAGCUUUGUUUACAAUGA